GGGCCCGGGGCGGCGGGAUGGAGCCGGCGGCCGCGCCCCGGCCGGACGCGGCUCUGGAGCUGACCCCCGAGGAGGAGCAGGCUACCAAGCAGUUUCUUGAGGAGAUAAACAAGUGGACAGUCCAGUACAACGUGUCUCCGCUGUCAUGGAAUGUCGCCGUCAAGUUCCUCAUGGCCAGGAAGUUUGAUGUGCUUCGUGCUGUGGAGUUGUUCCACUCAUACAGAGAAACAAGAAGAAAGGAAGGCAUCGUGAAGCUGAAGCCUCAUGAGGAGCCGCUCCGUUCUGAGAUCCUCAGUGGCAAGUUCACCAUCCUAAAUGUUCGGGACCCAACUGGAGCUUCCAUUGCUCUCUUCACUGCCAGACUGCAUCAUCCCCACAAGUCAGUCCCGCACGUGGUUCUUCAGGCUCUGUUCUACUUGCUAGACCGAGCGGUGGAUAGCUUUGAAACUCAAAGGAAUGGACUGGUGUUUAUCUAUGACAUGUGUGGUUCUAAUUAUGCCAACUUUGAGCUGGAACUUGGCAAGAAGGUCCUAAAUCUGCUGAAGGGGGCAUUCCCAGCUCGCUUGAAGAAGGUACUGAUUGUAGGAGCUCCUAUAUGGUUCCGAGUUCCCUACUCCAUCAUCAGCCUGCUCCUGAAGGACAAAGUCCGGGAGAGGAUUCAGAUACUAAAGACAUCUGAAGUGACCCAGCACCUGCCCAGGGAGUGCCUUCCAGAAAACCUGGGUGGGUACGUCAAAAUUGACCUGGCCAAUUGGAAUUUCCAGUUCCUACCCCAGGUGAAUGGCCACCCCGACCCCCUGGAUGAGAUCAUCCUGUUCUCCCUACCUCCUGCCUGCGACCUGGACUCGGUGCACGUGCCCGGCCCCCAUGCCAUGACCAUCCACGAGCUGGUGCACUAUGUCAACGCGCGGCAGAAGCGUGGCAUAUACGAGGAGUAUGAGGAUAUCCGGCGGGAGCACCCCGUGGGCACGUUCCACUGCUCCAUGUCUCCAGUGAACCUAGAGAAGAACCGUUAUGGGGACGUGCCCUGUCUGGACCAGACCAGGGUGAAGCUGACCAAGAGAAGUGGCCUCACUCAGACAGAUUACAUUAAUGCCAGUUUCAUGGAUGGCUAUAAGCAGAAGAAUGCUUACAUUGGUACACAAGGGCCCUUGGAGAAUACUUACCGGGAUUUCUGGCUCAUGGUGUGGGAACAGAAAGUCUUGGUGAUUGUCAUGACCACGCGCUUUGAGGAAGGUGGCCGGAGGAAGUGUGGCCAGUACUGGCCUUUAGAAAAGGACUCUCGGAUCCGCUUUGGCUUCCUCACCGUGACUAAUUUAGGCGUGGAGAACAUGAACCAUUAUAAGAAAACAACGCUAGAAAUUCACAACACGGAGGAGCGGCAGAAACGCCAGGUGACCCACUUCCAGUUUCUCAGCUGGCCGGACUACGGUGUGCCGUCCUCCGCGGCCUCACUCAUCGACUUCCUCCGAGUGGUCCGGAGCCAGCAGAGCCUGGCCGUGAGCAGCACGGGCGCACGCGCCAAGGGGCAGGGACCCGAGCCACCCAUCGUGGUCCACUGCAGCGCGGGCAUCGGCAGGACAGGUACCUUCUGCUCCCUGGACAUCUGCCUGGCCCAGCUGGAAGAGCUUGGCACCCUUAAUGUGUUCCAGACAGUGUCGCGCAUGCGCACCCAGAGGGCCUUCAGCAUCCAGACCCCCGAGCAGUAUUACUUCUGCUACAAGGCCAUUCUGGAGUUCGCAGAGAAAGAGGGCAUGGUUCCCUCGGGCCAGAAUCUGCUGACCAUGGAGGGUCAGUAACUGUCCCGCACCUUUCCUACCUGCUGGCCAGCCUUCCUUAAACCACCCUGGACUCCGCUGAGCCUAGAGGUGCCAUCAGUCCCACCGAAGCCAUGGACAGAGCCAUCUGGCGUCUCCUGGUGCACUCGGGCACGCCGGGCAGCCUUGCCCUUUGGCUAGCGAAGUGUGGUGAAAUUGUCACUAGAAAAGGGCCAGCGGCGAUGUGUUCUUCACUCCUAGCACCUGCUAUUGAACUGUGCCUUAUUAAAACCAAAUUGUGGCUAUUGAUUUUUUGCCAGGGGGCCGAGGUAAGUGGGGCAGGAACCUCCCUCCCCCUCCCCAGUGCCAUUCUUCUGGAGGUUUCCUCUCUCCCACUCCUUUCCUUUGCUAGGAUUUCACCAGGAGGCUUGGCGAGCGCUCACCUUCCUACCCAGAGAGCUUGACCAUGUGACGUACGCUGGCACCUGGCCCACAUGCCAAGCACGUUUUUCCAGAGGGCGUGUGUGCCCAUCUCUCCUGUCCUCCUGUGUGUGUGUGUGCGCGCGUAUGCACUCUUCCGUGUAUGGAUCUAUAUGUGCGUGUGUAUAUAAUAUAUAUUGUAUGUGAUAAUAUGGUCGUAUUCUAUAAAUACAUAUACACACAGAUACUCUUUGUAGACAUUCCUGGGGCUCCGCGUUGCCCUUCAGCGCCCCCUCCUCAUGGCCCUGCACUAGCCAGGGUUUUUGGUCGGGGCUCCUGUUGUCCGAUGAGGGGGGACAUGAAGGAAGAGGGACACAUCCAGUUCUCCUCCUUAAGCAGUGACCUCCUGUACUCCGGUGGGAGUCAAAAAUUGUCAUUUGCGGUAACACUGGUUUCAUUCAGCACAGAUUGCCCUCUAUCUUAACAGAUUUUCUUUGUUUCCUUUUGCUGAUUUUUGGGAAUGGACCUCCACUGUGAUUGCAGACUCCAGCUUCCUUUUGAUGUCCCCGGGGUGGGGCAGGGAGGGAGAUGAACUCACUGAGCAGCCAGAGCCAAAAGCCAUCAGUACGGUACAAGGUGUAUGAGAGGAGAUGUGACAAGGAGAGAAUUCUCCCCCGCAAGCACCCCCCCCCCCCCUUCCCCCUGGGCCCCUGGAAGGUUCCUUAGGCAAAUGGCCUACUGAGAUGCCCUCUUCUUCCUGCCUUACCCAAGACCUCAGACUGGGUGGGUUCUUAGUGAGUGGAACGCAUAGCCCCUUGUUGAGAGGGAUGGUACCUUUCAAUCACCUUUCAUUUUCUACCUGCCCAUCCUGCCCCUGCCUUUGCCCAGCCCACCCACCCACCCUGAUGAGCCAGACCCAGAACCAACAAUUCCCCAACACUCUACAUUCCCCACCCCAAGUUCCCACAACCUCCAAAACAUUCUCUCCCCCCAUUACGGAAGAUGAGGUUGGCACCUGAUCAGACCUCCAUAAUUUUUAUACUGUAAUAAGAUCUUUCUGUAUAUUUUUUAUUUUUUACAAUCAUUUCAUUUUUGUAUUUAACACCAAUGGACUGAGUCAGAUGCCGAAAAUAAUUGUAAUGUUCCUAUUCAGGCUCUUACAGUGAUUAUGGUUUUGUAUUUACCUAUAAAUAUACCAACAUGAUCAAACC